CUCACAUUGAUUCAAAGUAUACCUAUAUCUGUUGAGAAUGAUAAAUUAACUCACAAUGAUCUUUCUUAUUCAGCGCUUUUGUUGUUGUAUUCCUCUCCUAUGGUGCCGGAUUCUUAUAUUGAUAGCGAUAGUGAUAAUGGCAGGAAAAGUUUUGAAUUGUUUAGGAAAUCUUAUAACGGUAUUAAUAGUCAUAAGAAUCUGGAUACAAAUGUAAUUGUAUCAUAUAAUGAUAUAGAAGAGAAACAUGUGAUUAAAAAGACAGCUUUAAGAAAGCAGAUUAGAAUCAAUCCACCAACUACUUCUUCCUCAAAAGCUUCAGAAGAUAUCCAAACAUUGAAUAAUAAAUUUUUGGAUGCCGCCUUCCAAGUUAAGAAUAGAAAUCCUAUCACACAAGUCUCAAAUAACGAUGAACCUGAUCUGAUUGAUCAAGAUUAA